AUGCAAAAAUACAAAUAUCUCGGUUCAGUCAUAAUUCCUCUGAUGGAUCCAGACGAAGAAAUUAAGAAAGAUCAGAAUAGAAAUGGCUCGAAAGGCAUUUGCCAAAUACUCCUAAAUGCUUACAAACAGAAAUCUAAACCUCCGCAUCAGAAUAAGGUUUAUGGAAUGCUAUGUGUGGUCAGUAUUGUUGUACCGAGUAGAAACUUGGAUCUUGAAAGCUCAAAUGAUCAGAAAACUUGA